GCAGAAGGUAGAAGCUUUCAGCUUCCAGUUUGUGUCGCCGCUCAAUGCACUCGGUGCACUUUAGCCGCGCGUGCCAUCUCCGCUCUCAUACCGCGGUUCCGCCGUCGGCAGCGCAUUGCCGCGCAAAGUGAGCUUCUACUUUCGCGCAACAACCCCGAAUCGUUGCAGCGGGCGCUAUGAGAUGCGUCGCCGUUGGGUGUCAAACAGGAAGAAAAAGCGGGUUGCGCAUCCAUUCGUUCCCGCGGGAUCCCAAGCGCAGGCUGGAAUGGGCUGUCAAAGUGAAUAUUGCAGAGAACGGCAAACUUUGGGUGCCACCAAAGGACUGCUGCUACGGUGUUUGCGAGGCGCACUUUGAAGAGGACCAGUAUGAGCCCAGACGCACGGACCGUAAACUGAAGCCGUUUGCUGUGCCCACUUUGUUCAGCCACCGGAAAGUUCCGAAACGGCGCCGAAGGCUUGUACGGGGUGGUUCCACUAACAGCAGCACCAGUGUUACCACUGCUGUUGACACUGCUGCUAAGGUGGUUACUGUCGUCUCCACUGCCACGAGUCUCACUACUGCUGCAACUGUUUCUACGAGACCUGUGGUUUCAUCUUCAGUGGCCAAAAGCCAGCCAGCUCAUCUUCAGUCAGCCACCAACCUUGCCUGCUGGGCUGAGCAGGCACAGCACAUGCAAGUCACUCCGUCAGCCAUGACCAGAUUGCUAACACCACCUGUCAAUACUGGGCCAGCCUUCACUGUGGCCACUUCAGGUGGCAAUGUCAUCCUUGUUCCUGCCACUACACAAGGCGAACACCGUUACAUUGUCGGUGAUCCACCUUUUGUUGUCACUGAGAUGAGAGCAUCACCUCUUCUGACACCUAGUGCCAGGACUCCAAAUACUAACUCAGUGCUGCCUUCAGUUAGCUGCCUUCCCAACACUGGCCCCAUCAUUCUGGUGCCAGUGAGCGAACCCAACGUGGUUCCUGUGCCCAGCCUGACGCCAAGUCCGAGUGCUCAGAUGCCAGUCAUCUUGUCGGUUAAGUCACUUGCACCAAAUGCACCGCCUCCUGUCACCAAAGCAUCGGGUAUGACGCCCAUCUUGGCAAGGCCCACAAGUUAUGAAAAGCUGCAGGAAGAGGCAACAGCAUUGCGGCAACAGACUGAUGAACUGCGGCGCGAAGUGGCUGACUUGUCUCGCCAGGUGGUGCGUGUCAAGGCAUCACUGGCACGUCAGACAGAGCGGCUAAGCCGCUUCCUACGACUGGACCAAAUUGAGUGCCUGCAGAAGCUUGUUGAUGAGAAACCCACACGGUGGACUGAGCCCACACGGUGGACUGAGCCCACACGGUGGACCGAGCCCACACUACGCUUGGCACUCGACAUCUACCGUUGCUCACCCGAGGCGUACCGCAAGUUGCUGGUGGCCCACUAUCCAUUUCCAGUGGAGACAGCUCUGAGGACAUUCUGCAUUGAGAAUGGGGUGCGCGAAGGUGUGCCCACUGAGUUGCUGGAAAUGGACACGGGUCCUGAAGUGGAUGGAGAGGAGGAAAAUGGAAAUUUAAACAUUGUAUGGUUAUGAGUUAGCCAUAGACAGUCAUUACUGGCUAGCUGCUGCCCAGGGAGGUGAAUUCUCUAAUCGGUUGUCAUUUGUCGGUAGAAGUAUUUUUGAGAGGAAACCUUAGCCCUUUCUAAAAUUGUACAAGAAAUGCAGAAAUUUUAUCAACAGGCAACUCCUGAGCUGGUUGGAAUUAAGUUCAGGAAAUAUUUUAAAGAUAUGGUUGCACAAUUUUCAUUUACACUUUCGAAAAUUUUGGGAUAAUUAUAAAUUAUUGCGAGAUAUUUACAAAAAUGUAGAAUUGAUUACAACUUCAUGAAUGUGGAAGACGCUAUCAUAAUUAUGGCGUGCUACUGAUAGCUGACAAAUUCAACACAUUACUUUAUAAGUUACAUUCUCAAAAGGUAUCUCAAAAAAUUUCUUUGCUUUGAAUGCUUGGCAGGACAGAAAGCGCAAUGAACAGGACCACGAGAAGCAAUACUGACAGGUCAGAUGCUUCAUCUUCUCCUCGAUAAUUAGGUGCCCAUUCUAUCCAUUUGUGGACCUGUUUUUUGUACUUUCUGCCCUACCAUGCUUUACCAUGAUGGAGCUUUUAAAGCUCUACAGGAUGCCAUUAACAGUAGUACAAGUCUGAAACGCAGCUAGACGACCAAUUUUUCGGACAUGAAGGGUACCACACCAGUGUGUAAAAAAUUUAGCUACCAGGAAAAAACAAUUUCUACAAAAAAUAACCAGGGAGUUCCUGUGGAUGUGCGUUGUUGUAUCGAUUCAUUUCAUUACAUGUCAUUGGCUUGGACGUCAUCACCAUCAGCCAAACGAAUGGCAUGAAAUGGAUCAUCAAAGGAUAAGCCCAUCCCUGUUUAACUUUUAGCAGCCACAUAAAUCAAAGGCAGCAAACAGAUGUGAUACCGUAUGUUCUGUGCAGGCUGUGGUCUGCAGUGAAACGCAACUAGGCCCUAGUCGGCAAAAGUUUAUUUUAGGUUUUAACAGAAAGAUUUUAUGCACAGCCUAAGGAACAAGGCAGUGCAAACAGCAAGCAUAAACGAGCUCAUUAAAAUAUUAAAAUGGUGCUAACAGCCACGCACUCUCAUAUUUAAUAUGUGGUUUGUGUUUAUACAACAUGUUAGCUUUUUUGGUCAGUGUAUUUGUUUUACUGAGUGUUCAAGUGGAUACGCAAAAUAAAGUCACUUGUUUACAUGCUU